CGAGGGCAGGUGCGACUGUUGCAUCUGCUCUUAUCUGAUCUUCUACUACUGCUCUACACUCGCUCAACCUCGGCGGCGGCACCCACCACCACCAGCAACUCGCCCGGCGUCGUCGCAUACCAGCCACCCACGUUGUUGACGCCGCCGCAGGCGCACUCGUCACCCACCGCCAGUCAGCCAUCUCCACCAACCACCAACAACAGCCCACUCCCUCAACCCCCUCCCCUCCAGGACACCACUUCAACAGAUGGUGUUCAAGUUCCAGUCGUACGGCGCCGUCGUCGUCCCGCCGAUCGACGCGCGCCUGUUCGUCGCGGACGACAACGACUCGGGCAUCGUCCACUACGACUCGAGCAUUGCGUCCGACACCGAGUCGGAGGAGGAGCGCGAGCUCACCGCCGUCGAGCGAGUAGAGUACGAGCGCGGCCUGCUCACCUGGGACCGGGCGAAGGACUGGCGCUUCUGGGUCCGGUGGGAGUGGUUCGGGUGGUAUGUCCUGCUCGGCGUCAUCGUGCUCGGCGUGGCCCUCGUCGCCGUCUUCCACCAGGAUAUUGUCCGUACCCUCCUCCCCUUUGCACGGCGCCUCAGAGCGCUCAAGGCUGGUUGGCUCAUACCCCUUGCCCUCAUCGUGCUGCUCUCCUUCCCACCAUUGUUCGGUAAUGACAUUGUACUUAUCCUCUGCGGCGUGGUCUGGGGCGUCAAGGGCGGCUUCGCCAUCGGCGCAGCCGGCACGAUCAUCGGCGAACUGGGCGCCUUCACCAUGUUCCGCACAUGUCUCCGCACCCGUGCACGCCGCUUCGCUCGCAAGAGUCUCAACUAUGCGUGUCUAGCACGCGUAGUGGACGAGGGUGGCAUAUUCGUCGCUUGGGUAGUGCGCAUGAGCGUCAUCCCCACGCACAUGUCGACGGCCAUCUUUGCCGUUUGUGGACUAGACACGUGGCAGUUCUUUGUGGCGCUGGUGCUGUCUCUUCCAAAGCAGUUCAUCGCCGUCUAUGACGUUGUCAUGAACAAGAACUCGCGACCAGAGUCCAAGAUCAUCUCGGACGUCGUCCUCGUGCUCACCAUCUGCGUGGCGCUCUUCGCCGUGUGGUUCGUCCACCGCCAGAUGCUGCGCGUGCGCAAGCGCGUCUUCCUUGAAAUCCGGGAAGACCUCCGGCGCAAGGGCUUCCGCGAGCCGCCGCCGCCUGACGAGAGCAGCUUCAGUACCCCCGCUUAAGGUUCACCACUGCAUGGUCACCAUCAUCUUGUGUACUAGAUACACUCUGUAUGUAACAGUUACAGCU